AUGGACAAAACUCAAACUCAGCUGGUCGUCUUAUUGGCAGCUAUCACUGCCGGUUCAGUUGUGACUUUCGAGUACCUACGGUGGUCUGAUUCACGGCUGAAGACUCAACCAGUGUCCUUAGUUGCGCAGACUACACCCGAGACUCCUCAAGUUACGAUUCAUCCUGGAAAGAAAGAGGAGAGUGCUCGGCAGUCUCAGGUCGAUACCUCCACCAAUCAGUCCGCUGUGAAAACCACAGUGGAGACUUACCCCGAAAAACCUGAAGAGGGUGGUCAGGAGUCACAAAACGAUGUUUCCCCGAACCCGCCUGUCGCCGAGACCACAACACAGCGUCCUGGGGUCCCAUGCCAUUGCGAUCCGUGCAAGGAGCACAGCCAACGGUCUCAGAUGGAUACCUCCGCAAAUCGGCCUGCCAUGAUUUCUAGAGAUAAGGAGAACCGAACCACACUCGAUGUCCAUCUCAUUCAGUCGAGAUUUAACUUCCAGUGCUCCUGUGACUUGCACGCAAAGCAGCUUUACUUCAACUGGCCUUGGACAUGCAAUUCAAAGCACAACGAGGACGACAUCAUCCUUCAACCCAAUUCACGACCUACCCUAAUCCAAGAUCACGAAGAUGGUAUUUACGAACCCCUGUUACUGGCACACCGCACCAUCGAGUACUUCUCUCGCCCCGAAUCUGCCAUGGACUCCAGCCAAACCGCGGCCCUUGCCCAAUGGCGCAAAAGCCACGAGCGCACCCGCGUCCUCGACAUGCUAGCCCAGCACGACAUCCGCAACAAAGACACGCAGUUCUUAACAGAUUGGGUCGUCUCGCAGCUCAACGAAAUCUUCUUCUUCGGCGCAAUCAAGAGCCUCGAAACAGUCUGGAACACCAAUGAGCUGGACAGCGAACACGGCAUACUAGGAGACGCAAUUACAAAACUCAAAGACGGAAACAACCACUCGUUCAUUCGCCUCCACCCAACACGUCGCUGCUACACACAAUCAGAGUACAAGCGUACAGGCAAGACCCUCGCGGAAGAACGCAUGGGAUGCAUUCUACACGAGAUGCUACAUAUCUUCCUGGAUCAACAUAUGUCUUCUCAUGGAAGGGCGUGGCAGCGGAUUGCAAGGAAGAUUGAGGAGCAGAGCUUGCGUCUGUUGGGUAUCGAGGCGGAUGUAAAUCGACUGUCUAGCUUUAUGAAUGAUUGGCAGGACUACGAUACUAGGGAGAAUGUUAGUAUUUGCGAUUUGCAGGAUUGGGGCUUUUGGGAGAGGCCUGAAUAUGACGUGUAG